AUGGGAAGAUCGCCGUGCUGCAAUGAUGAGAAUCUAAAGAAAGGGCCAUGGACAGUGGAAGAGGAUGAAAAGCUGACGGCUUAUAUCAACAAAAAUGGUCUUGGAAGCUGGAGAUCACUCCCCAAACUUGCUGGAUUAAACAGGUGUGGAAAGAGUUGCAGGUUAAGAUGGACUAAUUAUCUGAGGCCUGAUAUCAAGAGAGGCAAAUUCUCUCAGGAAGAAGAAAAACUCAUCAUCAAUCUCCAUGCUGUUCUUGGAAACAAGUGGUCAAGAAUUGCAAGUCAUCUUCCCGGGAGGACAGACAAUGAAAUCAAGAACUUUUGGAACACCCACAUAAGGAAAAAGCUUCUGAAAAUGGGAGUUGACCCUACCACCCACAAGCCCAGAAUUGACCUGAAUCAUCUUCUUCUAGGUCUUUCUCAUUUGAUUUUUAAUGCUGAUGAUCAGUUUAGCAGUAUGAUCAAUUUGGAAACUGCCCUUAAGUUACAGGCAGAUGCUGCCCAAUUGGCCAAAACUCAACUUCUCCAAAACCUGCUUAAGUCCAUUCUGAGUCCUACAAAGUUACCACCAUACUUUCCUAAUUUAUCUCACAAUUACAUCAACAAUAUGACUGAACCAAAUUGGAAACUACACAAUGAUCCAAAUUGUAGCAGCAGCAACGCACCCACACCAUUAUUACAAGAAAAUUAUGAUGAAGGUGAAGCUAUGAUGAAUGAGCUAUGGGCGUGUUUUGAUCAGAAGGAUGGAGCUCAUCAAUAUUUAUGUAAUGAAAAUGGAGAGGAAAAUGAAAAUCCAGUUUCCAAAUUGGUAUCAGGUGCUGAUGAUCAGGAUUAUAACAAUAAAAAUAAUAAUGAUAAUAAUAAUACAGAUCAAAUGGUUAGCAGCAGUACCCAGAUGCCUCAGCUCUUAUCUGCAUCUUCAUCCCCAACCUACGACAUGUUUCAGACCACUUGUGACAACCUCAUCAUGGAUGAUGACGAUGCAACCUACUGGAAUAACAUUCUAGAUGAUCACGAUCAGUACUCUUUACGAUUUGAAUUGCACCCUUUCUCGGGAUAA